CUUGCCUUGCACCAUGGUCCUCUCGCGCGCCCUCCGUGGACCACGCGCCCUGCGCAACGCGCGCAGCUUGAGCACCACACCCACCCCGCCCAAGCUCGCCUUCGCGUUCGACAUUGACGGCGUGCUCAAGCAGGGCAAGCAUGUGCUCCCGCAGGCCAAGCGCGUGAUGCGGCUCUUGUCGGGGCAGGACGGGCGGCUGUCGGCCCCAGUCCCGUUCCUCCUCAUGACCAACGGCGGCGGCGUGACCGACGCCAAGCGCCGCGUGCUCCUGUCGAAAGACAUGGGCCUGGAGCUCUCCCCCAACCAGCUCGUACAGAGCCACACGCCGCUCGCGCCCGUGAUGGCCGCUUAUGCCGACACGCCCGUCCUCGUCGUAGGCGGCAAGGGGUUCGCUGCGCGCGACGUCGCCGAGAGCUACGGCCUGAAACGCGCAUAUGUCGCGCAGGAUAUCCUGCACUGGAACCCGAGCGUAUGGGACAAGGCGAAGUUCGACGAGGCGGACCACGACCUUGUAAGGCGCGAUAUCGACUUUGCCACCACCCCCCUCCGCGCAAUCUUCGUCCUCCACGACAGCUACGACUGGGGACGCGACAUGACCAUCAUCAACGAGCUGAUGCAGUCUGACGGCGGGUUACUUGGGACGACGCGGGCGAACAGGCGGAAGCAGCCCGAGGGCGGCGAGGUGCCGCUUUGGUUCUCCAACCCCGAUCUGGAGUGGAAGUCCGACUACCCCGUCGUCCGCCUCGGCAUGGGCGCCUUCUCCACCUCCUGCUCGGCGGUCUACGCCGCGGCCACGGGCCUGCCCCUCCCCUUCACGCAGUACGGCAAGCCCCACCGCCCGACGUACGAGUUUGCCGACAAGAUGCUGCGCCGCCGGGCGGAUGAGCUGCGCGGGCCGGGGGCCGAGUCGCUGAAUGUUUACAUGAUCGGCGACAACCCGCUUUCUGACAUCUGGGGAGCAAACAACUACGGCUGGAACUCGGUCCUCGUGCGUACUGGCGUCUAUCCCGGCGGCGAGCCCAGCCACAAGCCGACGUUCAUCGCAGACGACGUCGAGCUCGCCGUGCAGUGGGCCAUUGAGAACGAGCUCGCCAAGGCGUAGAGAGAAGUACAAGCACAAGCGUCUAGAUGCACACAGCACACAAUCAAUUGCCCCUCCUGCCCGCCGCUCGCCUCGCUCGCGGCUCGCGGCUCGCACCCAGUCUUCCUAACGAUGCAU